AUGGCUGACGGUCUUACCAUAACGUCAACUGUCCCUCUGCACACCCGCGCCCUCUCGACCAGCCAAAAUGCCAGUAACAGCGCUGAACCUAUCCAUAUGCCCCGCCUCGGCUUCGGGGUCUACCGCUCCGAUCCUUCAGUCUGCCAGACCUCAAGCGUGUCCGCCAUCCGCGCCGGCUAUCGCCACAUCGACAGUGCACAGUUCUAUCGCAACGAAGCCGAAGUCGGCCAGGCGGUCAUCGAGUCCGGCGUGCCACGCAGUGAAAUCUUCUCGACCACCAAGAUCCUCUCCGCUGGCGGGUCCGUGGACGCGAGCUACCGGAAAUGCGUCGAGAGCGUGCGGAAGCUCGAUCCCGGAGAGGACGGAAGCGGAGGCUACGUCGAUCUGUUCUUGAUCCACAGCCCGAAUUCGGGGCGUGAGGGCCGGCGUGAGAUGUGGCUGGCGCUCGAACGGCUGUGGGCUGAGGGCAAGGCAAAAGCGAUUGGAGUGAGUAAUUGGGGUAUUGGGCAUAUCAAGGAAAUGCAGGAGUAUGCUACCGCGGUUUGGCCGCCUCACGUCGAACAGAUUGAACUGCACCCGUGGUGUCAGCAGAGAGAGCUGGUGGCGUAUUGUGAGAAGCUGGGCACUGUGGUACAAGCGUAUUGCCCGAUUGUGAGGAACUACAAGGCCAAUGAUGGAACGUUGAAAGGACUGGCCGCGAAGAAUGGGAGGAGCACGGCUCAGGUGCUGGUCAGAUGGUCUUUGCAGAAAGGAUACGUGCCGCUGGUCAAGAGUGAUAACGAGGGUCGGAUCAAAGAGAACGCGGACGUUUUCAGCUGGGAGUUGACUGAGGAGGAUAUGAAUGUCUUGGAUGCAUUGGAUGAGGGAGAGGCAGGCAGUAUCGUGCAGGUCGCGAAGAAUACGCUCUGA